CAGCAGUGCCUUGCUCCGCAGCAUGGCCUCCUACCUUCUCGCCGCCGCCUCGCCGCCGGGCGCGCCAGUGUGGGCCGUGCAGCCGCUGCCGCUCGACGCCGGGCCCACCGCCGUGCUCGCAGCGGGCGCGGCCGGCGAGCUGCGCCUGCUCGCUCCGCUGCCGUCGGGCAGCGCCGCCUGUCUGGCUGCACAUGCACACAGCAGCAACGGUGCCAGCAGCAGCAACGGCGAUACAGGCAGCAGCAGCAGCAGCAGCGCAGGCAGCGGCAUUGGCGUCUUUGCCGUCGCCGUCGCCGGCGAGCGCGUGCUCAGCGUCGCCGCAGACGGCAGCGUGGCGCUCUGGCAGCUCGACCUCGCCGCCGUCGCCCAGGCGGCCGAGCGCGCCGCAGCCCUCGAGGCACAGCCGGAAAGCGCCGAGAGCGCCUCGCCGUCGUCGUCGGAUGCGCCGACGCUGCUGCGUGCUCUCGCCGCCGUGCCCACGCUGGCGCCACACCUCGAGGCACACGUCGUGGCCCUGCAUCCGACGCAGCCGCUGCUGGCCGCCGUCGGCGCCGGGCCACGUGUGGCGCUGUGCAGUGCUGCGCCGGAAGACUUUGGAACGCUGCAGCGCAUGUGCGAUGCACCAGACGCGCAGGCAGGGGCAAGCCGCGGAGGCAAGGGCGCGUCGACGGAGAUGGCGACGUGCGUGGCAUUCAGCCCGAGCGGUGAGCUGCUCGCGUCGGGCACGUCCACCGGCCUCCUGCUGGUGCAUGCUGUCGCCUCGGGACGUCUGCUGGCGACGUUUGCAGACCACGCAUUGCCCAUCCGCUCGCUCUCCUUCUCCGCGCCGCACGUCGGCGCCGAGCGCGACCAUCUGCACGUCUGCUCCGAGGACCGCACGCUCACCAUCCACGACGUGCGCAGCCUCGAGCGCAGCGCCGCCUCCGCAGCGGCAGCGCAAGACGCAGCGCCGGCCGAGGCAGCCGGCAUCGCGGCGGGUGCCACGGUGGCCUGCUUGCGGCAUCCAGGCUGGGUCACGGGCGCCAGCGCUGGGCCCCUGCUGGCCACUUCAAGCACCGACGGAGCGCUGCGGCUGUACGACACGCGUGCCGGGCGCACAUGCGUGGCGACACUGCGCGAGGGGCCGCGCAUCUGGGCGUGCGUGUGGACGCCGCCGCUGGCCGGCCUGCCGCCGAGCACCGCCAUGCUCGUCAGCGGGAGCGAGUCGGGCGAGGUGCGCUGGUACCGCGCCGCCGGCACGGGCCUGGGCGCCGCCGACUGAUGUGCCACGCAAUGCACACAACUCAACGAUCAGACAACGGCGGUCCAUUUUGGGUGGUGGGGGCGAAUAGAGAAGCACAGAGGCGCGGCCAGCAGUGGUGCCUGACUCGUCGUCGCAGCGUCUACUC